GCCCGCCGCUCCGCCACCACCCUCGCCCGCGCCGGCCGUUACUACUCCACUGCCUCCGCCGAGGCCGGCAACGAGUUCCUUGCUCAGCGCGCCGCCGUCAAGGAGCACGCCAAGGGCACCACCAAGCUCUGGCGCAACGUCUCGUUCUUCGUCUGCAUCCCCGUGACCAUCCUCGGCUCUGCCUGGACCUGGAAGCUCGAGAAGGAGCACCACGACCACAUCGAGCACCUGAAGCACGAGAACGGCGGCGAGCUCCCCGUCCGCCCCGACUACGAGUACCUCAACAUCCGCAACAAGCCCUUCCCCUGGGGCAUGCAGGCGCUCUUCUUCAACCCCGAGGUCAACGUCCCCGCUGGC